GGUUAUUUCUGGUCCCUGAAGGUCAGUUGGAGCGGGGAGAGGGAAAUGGGAAGAACUGACAAGCUGUCUGCUCCUUGGUAAUGUCUGCCAGCCCCAACGGGGGAGAGGAGGGGAGGGGGCCAGAAUCCAGAAUCUGGCAAGCUGCUAAAAAGAAAGCGAGAAGAACAAGGACGUUGCAGCGCAAAUGUAAAUAUCGUACGGAGAAGGCUGGAGCAGGCAGUCUGCACUUCCCUUCCGCCAGCUCCAGCACGCUCCCCUUUCUGGCAUCUCUCAUGGGUCUUGCAAAGUGUGUUGACAAAAGAGAUUGGAGGUUGUUUUUUGCCCAAGUCUUUACGUUCGGGCUAUAGCUGCCUUACUCCUCCUCUCCGCUCACAUUUUCCCAUAUGGUGACUUUGGAAAAUUCCUCUCCGAUUUCACUGGAAAGCACAGGAAAUUCUCUUUGGUAGAGGGUUGCCUAUUUCUGUCUCUAGUUUUGCUGCUCACAUCUGGAAAGGAUCGGACUUCGGAAAGGGGGAAAUCAUUCUGCACUCAGAGCGUGUAGCUGACAUGGCAUGAGUUGAGGGAGCCUUUCUGGGCAAGAGAUGCUUUUCUCCAUCCAUUUGAGCUCUGUCAACAAAGGGGAAAUGCUCCCAGGCAGCAGCUUUCUGCUGGUGCUGUGGCUGUUGGUCUCUAGCUCCCACGUGAUCCACGGUCAGAAUGAAGAAGACAACGAAUUUCUGGAAAAUUCAUCCAGAUUGCUGAACCCAGAUCCUAACUUCCCAGCUCUUGACUGCCCUAAAGACUGCCGCUGCACUCAGGAAGGAGUUGUGGAUUGUGGAGGGAUUGAUCUCAAAGAAUUCCCCACGAACGUACCAGAGUUAACCAACCACCUUUCGCUGCAGAAUAACCAACUGGAAGAAAUCUCUCCAGAAGAGCUUGCUCGUCUUUACAGGCUAGAAACACUCAAUUUGCAGAACAACAGGCUCACGUCGAAAGGGCUUCCAGAGGAGUCAUUUGAACAUCUGGAGAACCUGAAUUACUUGUACCUUGCGAACAAUAAGUUAACUGUGGCUCCGAAAUUUCUACCAAAUACCUUGAUCAGUGCAGAUUUUGCAGCCAACUAUCUCACUAAGAUUUAUGGGCUCACAUUUGGACAGAAGCCAAACCUGAGAUCCGUGUAUCUUCAUAACAACAAACUUUCGGAUGCUGGGUUACCUGAUAACAUGUUCAAUGGCUCUAACAAUGUGGAGAUACUGAUCAUGUCCAGCAACUUCCUCAAGUACGUUCCCAAGAAUCUUCCCCCCGCUCUGUACAAACUACAUUUAAAGAACAACAAGCUGGAGAAAAUUCCCAAAGGAGCCUUCAGUGAACUCUCAGGCCUUCGAGAGCUGUAUUUGCAGAACAACUACCUGACUAACGAAGGGAUGGACAAUGAAACUUUCUGGAAACUGUCUAGCCUGGAAUAUCUGGAUUUGUCGAGCAAUAACCUUUCGCAAAUCCCAAGUGGUUUACCUCGAAAGAUUGUCCUCCUUCACCUGGAGAAGAAUGCCAUUAAGACAAUUGCCAGGGACGUCUUGCCCCAAAUCAAGAACCUCGAGUACCUUCUGCUGCACAACAACAAGCUCAAGGCCCGAGGGAUCCACCCGGCCGCCUUCCAGGGGCUGAAGAAGCUGCACACGGUCCACCUGUACAACAACAUGCUGGAAAGGAUCCCCAGCGGGCUGCCCCGGCGCGUGAAGACACUUAUGCUGCUUCAUAACCAGAUCUCAGAGAUCAACAGGAAUGACUUCGCCAACACGUACUUCUUGGAGGAGCUCAACCUGAGCUACAAUAAGCUCACGAGUCCCCAGAUCCGUCGCGAGGCCUUUCGUAAGCUGAGGCUACUGAAGUCACUGGAUCUUUCUGGAAAUAAUCUCCACACGGUGCCCUUUGGCUUUCCCAAGAACUUGCAGAUCCUGAAGCUGAAGGAGAACGAGAUCAGCUCCAUCCCGAAAGGUACCCUGGCUGGGAUGACCAAGCUGCGGGAGCUCUUCUUGAGCCACAAUAAACUGAAAGUCUCCUCCAUUUACGUGGGAGUGUGGAGAGAACUGAGCAGUCUCCAGUUAUUGGACAUGGCCGGCAAUCAGCUGAUUUAUAUUCCGCCAGGCCUGCCAGCAUCUCUGGAGUACCUGUACCUGCAGAACAACAAGAUCACAACCAUAUCAGAGCGUGCUUUUGAAUCCACACCCAACAUAAAGGGAAUUUAUCUCAGGUUUAAUAAGAUUGCAGUUGGAUCACUGAAGGAAAGUAUCUUCCGAAGCCUAAAGCAUUUGCAGGUGCUGGACAUUGAGGGGAACCUUGAAUUCAGCAACACUUCAAAGAACAAGGACAAUUCAGAAGAGGAGGAGGAAGAGGAGGAAGAAUGAAAAUUAAAAUGUGAACAAACAAAAGCACGUCUUGUGGCUGACAUAUGGAAAGUGGCAUGUAUUGCUAUAUUUAUAUAUCUACAGAGAUAUGUAGAGAACACUGCAAAAUGUGCAAUGAAUUACACACAGACUGUUUAUCAUGGCGCUUGGCCAGGCUUGAGGAAGAUGGGUCAUUUCAGUGCUUUAUUCAGGGAGACCCUGAAUGUCAUUCCAAAACUCCCAAAACAUCACGUACAAGACCCUGGAUGGGAUCAUAUGGAUCAUAUGGGAUUGCUCGGGAACUCACAAAAGCUGGCUUUUGUUUUUUCUGUUUCUUCCCUCACUGUUUCCAUCUGUAAUAACAAUAUGGGGCUGUUCUGAAUUUAUGCCUUCAAACUCUGCUUUUGUCGCUCCAUUUUAAGUGAACCAUGUACAAGCUCCUUCUCUUCCCCCACACUACCCAAAAAGGCUGUUGUUUGAUCAGGUGGGAUGGAUUUUUACAGUAGUUUCAUGUGUGGAGCAGGACAUGAGGCAGCUUGGUCAUUGAGCAGCAAUAAUCACCACCAGACUGACCGAAUCCAUUCCUCUGUUUAGUGUAAUGUGUAUAUUUGGAUGAGAAAAGCUAAUUAAGGCUGGAUCCCAUAAUAUUUUAUCCCCACUGUGUAAAAGCCUACAGCAUAUGCCUAUUUUAGAAAGUUUUAAGAUCAAAUCACUCACUCACGUGAAUAUAUAGAUAUAUCUAUAAAGAAUUUUAUAUCUGCUGUUCAGAGCUUUGUUAAA